GGGACUUGAAGAUUUUGGUUUGUUGUUUUGAGGUGAGUGUCUCUUUUUUUUGGGGGGGUUAAAGUGUGAAAAAAAAUGUUUUGGAGGGAACGCGAGAGGGAGAACAAUAACAAAGAGCAGAACGGUGGGCCACCGUGUGGGCAAGUUCGAGUUCUUGUUGUUGGUGAUUCAGGUGUGGGGAAAACUUCUCUUGUUCAUCUGAUUGUCAAUGGUUCUUCUGUUGCUCGCCCUCCCCAAACAAUUGGAUGUACAGUUGGUGUGAAGCAUAUUACUUAUGGAAAUUCUGGUAGCUCUUCAAAUAGCAUCAAAGGUGAUUCUGAGAGAGAUUUCUUUAUCGAACUUUGGGAUGUAUCAGGACAAGAGAGAUACAAAGAUUGUCGGUCACUUUUCUACUCACAAAUUAACGGUGUAAUUUUUGUUCAUGAUCUCUCUCAGAGAAGAACAAAAACAAGCUUGCAGAAGUGGGCAGCUGAGAUUGCUGCCACUGGGUCAUUUUCAGCUCCUCUAGGUUCUGGAGGUCCUGGUGGUCUUCCUGUGCCAUAUAUUGUUAUUGGUAACAAAGCAGAUGUAGCCGCAAAAGACGGUACGGGAGGAAGCAGUGGCAAUCUUGUUGAUUUAGCUCGUCAUUGGGUUGAGAAGCAGGGUUUGCUCCCAUCUAGUGAGGAACUUCCUCUAACCGAAAGUUUCCCUGGCAGUGGAAGCCUUAUUGCGGCUGCUAAAGGAGCAAGAUACGACAAGGAAGCUUUUUUGAAAUUUUUUCGCAUGUUGAUCAGGAGAAGAUAUUUUUCAGAUGAUUUACCAGCAUCAAAUCUGUGGUCUGUUUCCCCCGUUCAUAGAUCUGUUCAAAGAUUAGAUGAAAAUUUCAGCGACGAGGAAAAGUCAUACAACAGGAAAAGUUUUAGCAGUGACCCGUACAAGUACAACAUGCUUCCUCCUCUUCCAGCGCAGCGCAAUCUCAUGCCACCUCCGACGCUUUAUCCUCAGCAGCCAGUUUCCGUGCCUGAGAAUUAUAGCCUUCCAAGAUUUUCCCUGAGUGGCUCCCCAGAAAUCAGCAGCACUGGCCGAUCAAAGCGCACGGAUAUAUUGGUCCUAAUCGUUUGCCUACAAAGAGUGAGAUUUACGGUUCCCCAGAAUCAGCAGCACGCCCGAUCAAAGCGCAUGGAUAUAAAUUUCUAA